AUGGCGCAGGAGGCUGCUGCACCGUCAUCACCGGCCUUGCCUGCGCGGAACCAAGACACUCAAGAAUUGCAUUCUCUUGCGGCUUCGACUAAUGUUGACUUUCAACCGAUAUUUCUCGAACCGUUCAACGGCUUUUCCGAUGCCACCGAGGACCCGAGUCAAAGGAGCGGGAUCUCAUACCCGAAAUUGGAUUUGCCACCUUCAGACACGGGCAGUGCUCACAAUGGGCGGCAAUUUGAUCAAAGCUCCAAUUUCGGCGACCGCUUCUCUAACAAGCCUGAAGACAGUGAUGCGAGCAAGAACAAAGUCACUGGAACAUCUUUCCGCCAUGGAAGCGACAAUGAUCAUGGCACGACGCCUCAGAAAGACCCCACUAGACGUAAACGGUCUCCUUCGGAGUCGUCUGAUGACUCUUUCCCAUCCCUGGCCAAGGUCUGGGUGACCGCCUCAGCCAAUAGUUCACAGUCCCCUGUCAACCAAGCAGCCAAGUCUUCCAUGAAGGCGAGCAAGCGGCGAUUUGCGUUCGAUUCUGGAGACGAGGACUCGACGCGACGGUCUGACGAAUCUGAGUCGUCCGAAGAUGGCGAUGACGGCCCUCAGCGCCGCCUCUCAAAAUUGGCGCACAAACUGGUGGACAAGCCCAUCGAGAAACCAUCGCCCAAAGAGAAGGCAUCACUGAGACGGGAUACGAGGCCGCCCUCUUCCGCUCCCAUCAAGACCGAGCGUGCAUCUCCUACCCCGGCAACUCGUGUCUCUAAACCCACUCGUCCGAACAAAUCUUAUUCUACUCGUUCAACCGAGUCGGCCUUUGAAAUUCCCGAGGGUUCCCAAGUCGUGUCGCUGCUGACUAGCAGCCCAGAGCCCGAAGUUGAGGAGCACUAUGCCGAAGAUAGCAUCGAUGAGACAUACGAGGAGCCAGGAAUGCCGAGUGGCUCCGGCUGGGUUAGGAAGUCGCGGGUUCGCCGUAGGGGCAGCGGUGUGCCAGCGCCAAAUGCUGCACAGGAAAGUCCGCCCAAGAGGUUUGCCUCCUCGCAGAAACCCGCCGUCACUGGCAAUGGGGAGAAGCGGACAAGUGCGGUGCUGAGCUCCCUGCUGCGAGCCAAGAAGAGGACUUUGAACAUGUGGUAA